UGGAAACCAACGACGCGGCCGCGCGCGCCCGAGUUUAGAAAGAUAAUUAGCUGUUUUAAAAUAUUCCGUUUUUAAGUUAAUAAUUCAGAGCACAGACCUGAUGUAUUUUUUGUUUUGCUUCGAAUAGAGGAAUGUGGAUUUGAGCGCUGUUGUAGUUGGGGUCCCGUUUGCGUUUUUAUUUGGGACUCAGACUUGAUUUCUUUUUUUUUUUUUUUUCGGAAGCUGACGGACAGGUUCCGGUCUGACUGACUGACUGUAUUUUUUUCAGUCAGGAAAUUUGCUGCUAAAAGAAGAUUCAGUUUAGUUUGUGAAAAAACUAUAUCGCGAACGAAACAGUAAAACUCAGUUUUAUGUAUUUUUUUGUGGAUUGUAACAUUCAAAAAAGAAGGCGUGUCUUAGCUGUAGCGGAGUGGCAGCCCCCGCUGCUGUCAAAAUAAAGAAGCGGACAAACUCGGGCUGGGACGGAGCGAGUCCGUCUUUCUUGUGGCGAAUGUGAUCUUUUAAGGGAGAGACGAAAGAUUUUGGAAACAUUUACGGGAGUACGACGCUAUGUAGCGGAUUUCAAAAACUCAUCGGUCUUGGAUUAUAUUUGGAGUUGCUGUGGUUAAACCUGGGCAGUUUCCCUUUGCACCUAUCAACUGUCAUUUUGAAACUUCGUAUUGUCAGGGAGCUCGGUUUAUUUCAGUCGUUUAUUUCUAACACUCGUUAUUAAAGUUCAUUUGUUUGGAUGUUCGUGUUGUUUAAAGUAGUGAUGACGUAUCCCAGUCGGAUUUAAUACAUAUUUAGAUUAUUUGAGUGCGCAUUAAAUUGCGGUCUGCGGCGUUUCCCUGGUUUGAAAUGACAUUUUGCUCCAAACAGAACAUCCUUUUGUGGCGCUUACCCGGAUUUAUUUAAAAAAUAACAAAUCUUGGAGUUUUAGCAUGGCACCAUGCUUAAGAAUCGUUUAAUUAAAACCAAACAUAAUUAAUUUCUUCGUGUAAGAAAGAAAAGGCAAACUUUGACUAAACAAACCACAAACUAAUCAUUCGGUGUUUUUAUUUAGAUUUUUUGAGUCGUCGAUUACAAAUGGAUUUCAUAAAUGCCUUUAAGUUAUUGUUGCACCUUAACUAGUGCUGAGAGAGAGGUUUUCCUAUGCGGAAAGCGCAUAGUGCUUUUAUUAUAAAACUACAUUCUCCAAUAGUCCUUCGGGAAAUACAUUGGCCGGAGUCCAAUGAAUGUUUGAACACUACAUACCAAAGAAGAUAAAGCCGUCGCUUGCUUUGCGGUGCGUGUGACAUUGCUGCGUGGCUUUGACUCAGAUACAAACAAGGAUGGAAAUAAAAACCUGAACGCUUCAGCAAACUGCAUCCUGUUUGUGCCAGCUAGCAAGAAUUAGAUUUUCUAGUGGAGUUUGGUUCAUUUCUUCAGCAGUUGCAGGUUUGUUUUGCUCCAGAUGCCAGAAACAGAAUAAUAAAAAAAACGACUCUUCAGGAUGACAUUACAACGUGCUAAUGUUUGUUUAGUGCUUUCCUUUGAGGUUCCUCCAACCUCCAAGAUGUGGGCUAGUUGAUUGCAAAGUGUUAUUUCCGUUUGAACUGAAACAUACAGCGCUUUGCAGUUUAAACCGGGAACAGAUUUUUUUUCUGGAAGAACAUCGUACUCUGGUUGCAGUCCUUCCCAGGUGUCGCCCCUGGGACCUGGUUCCGAUUCCCCAGCGCGGUUUUUGGAAGCCCUGCUGUACACCUGGGUCAUUACAGAUGCGUGGUGUUGUGCUCUGGGUAAUGGCUUGCAUUGCACGUAUGGUUCCCCUUUGUUUACAAGUUCCACUGGCAGCUGAAAUCCCCAGAAGAACAUAAGCAAUGCUAAUAAACAGCUAGCAGCAUUAAUGUCUCUGUGCUUUUAAAGAGUAUGUCAAGGGGCAAGGCAUACCACUGACCGCCGCCAGGAGACGCGUGGGGAAUAUUGCCUUCUGAUUACUGCUGGGAGCUGAGGGGCAAAGCAGCACCUGGCCUGAAUACUUUUCCACAAGAGGUAUCCGUGUAAUGUGAGACACGGAACAAGGAUUUUCCAAGACCUCAGCAUAGUUUGACACAACAGCCAGCUUCAAAAAUGGAUGAGCAGGAGGCCCUGCACUCCAUCAUGAAGGACCUGGUUGCUCUGCAGAUGGGCCGGCGGCACAGACUGAGCGGCUACGACAGCGUCAAGAGCAAGGCUCCCAGCCACUCCAACAAGCAGAAUGACGUGAGAAUAAAGUUUGAACACAAUGGAGAAAGAAGAAUAAUCCAGUUUGCUCGGCCAGUGAAGUACGAGGAUGUGGGACAGAAAGUGAAGACAGCAUUCGGACAGCAGCUCGACCUGCAUUACAUGAACAAUGAGCUGUCCAUCCCACUACGAGGGCAGGACGACCUGGACAAAGCCAUCGACCUCCUGGACCGGAGCUCCAACAUGAAGAGCAUCAAGAUCCUGCUGCUGUGCCAGGAGAAGAACCACGCCACGUCUCCAUCCCACACCACUGCUCCCAAGCAGGUGCGAAUCAAGGCCUCCCAGUCCAUGGGAGACGUGAACACAGCCUUCCAGCCCUCUGAGCCCCGGGGCCGACACCUCUCAGUCAGUUCUCAGAAUACGGGUCGCAGCUCGCCCCCUCCUGGCUAUGUCCCAGAGAGACAGCAGCGCAUCGCCCGGCAGGGCUCCUACACCAGCAUCAAUAGUGAGGGGGAGUUCAUUCCGGAGAGCCACGACCAGUGUAUGCUGGACCCUCUCAGCAGUGCAGAGAACUCUGUGUCUGGAAGCUGCACGUCGCUGGACAGAACUGCAGACAGCCCUUCCCUUCGGAAAUCACGGAUGUCGAGAGCACAGAGCUAUCCUGAUAACAGGCAGGAGUUCUCAGAUCGGGAGAACCAGGUCUACGACAAAGCCGGGAAAGGCGGGACGUAUCCACGGCGAUACCAUGUGUCCAUGCAGCACAAGGAUUACAAUGAUGGACGGCGCACUUUCCCUCGGAUCCGCCGGCAGCAGGGGAACCUGUUCACUCUCGUCCCGUCCAGCCGCUCGCUCAGCACCAACGGGGAGAACCUGGGGCUGGCAGUGCAGUACCUGGACAGCAGGGGGCGCCUGCGCAGCGCAGACAGCGAGAACACUCUGACUGUGCAGGAGAGGAAUGUCCCCACCAAGUCUCCCAGUGCCCCAGUGAACUGGCGGAGAGGGAAGCUGUUGGGACAGGGAGCCUUUGGACGUGUCUACCUGUGCUACGAUGUGGACACGGGACGCGAGCUCGCAGCCAAGCAGGUCCAGUUCGACCCGGAGAGCCCCGAGACCAGCAAGGAGGUGAGUGCGCUGGAGUGUGAGAUCCAGUUACUGAAGAACCUUCGUCACGAGCGGAUAGUGCAGUACUACGGCUGCCUGAGGGACAAGGCGGACAAGACGCUCACCAUCUUCAUGGAGUACAUGCCCGGGGGCUCUGUGAAGGAUCAGCUGAAGGCAUACGGAGCUCUUACGGAGAACGUGACCCGGAAGUACACACGGCAGAUCUUGGAGGGCAUGUCCUACCUGCACAGCAACAUGAUCGUGCACCGAGAUAUCAAAGGAGCCAAUAUUCUGCGUGACUCUGCGGGGAACGUGAAGCUGGGGGAUUUUGGAGCCAGCAAGCGCCUGCAGACCAUCUGCAUGUCCGGAACGGGGAUCCGCUCGGUCACCGGCACCCCCUACUGGAUGAGUCCGGAGGUGAUCAGCGGGGAGGGCUACGGCAGGAAGGCUGACGUGUGGAGUCUGGGCUGCACAGUGGUGGAGAUGCUGACGGAGAAGCCACCGUGGGCGGAGUUUGAAGCCAUGGCAGCCAUUUUCAAGAUCGCCACCCAGCCAACCAACCCCCAGCUCCCCUCGCACAUCUCGGACCACUGCCGUGACUUCCUGAAGCGCAUCUUCGUGGAGGCGAAGCACCGGCCGUCCGCAGAGGAGCUGCUGAGACACCCCAUCUCUCAGACCGUGUUCUGAGUGCGCCCCCCUCUCCAGAUGGACUGGGGGCGGCCCUCAAGCUGCAGCGUUACCCGCUUCUUCAUCCUGUGGAGAGAAGGGAGCAGUCCAUUACCAGCAGGGCUGCUGCAAAGAAACUAAGUGUGUGUGUGUCUCUAAAAACAGAGAAGCAGUUAUGCUUCAAGUUCAGUGCUCGCACUACCAGUGCAAUCCAGAAGGGGUGACUGCAGGCUGUCAGAUUUCUUGUCCAAAGACUUUGUGUUGCUGAUGACAGAUCUGUUGAGCCCAGGACCCACUGGAGCAUUCGCAUUAUGCCAGUCCGUCUGAUCUUGUUCCUGCCUUCACCGUCCUCCCGUUCAGUCACUCAGGAGAGACGUGUGUCUUCAAGCCUUUACCAAAGAGUAUUUCCUCACUGGAGCCACACAGCUAUACUGCCACUGUGCUGUGCCCGGGACCCUCGGGGUUAAAAAAAAAGGGACUCUUCUUCCGAAGCAUACCAAAGAAAAGUGUCAUUACUGAGAGUAUUGUAACGAUUGCUUUAAAUAUCCACUUCAGUACUUUAUACAUACCAAAUGCUAUCUGUUACUGCAGCAGGGAGAAUAGUCUCUCACAGGGGUUCAGACAUGCCAAAUCCUGCAUUUAUUUGGUCAGAGAUGCACUUUUUAUGAAUGUGGGUUUUUUUUGUUUUUUUUUUAGCUUUUAGCUCUUCUCAUAUAAUGUGAUGCCUCUCUCACUUUAUUUAUAUCCUCAAGUUCAUUAAUUGAUGUUUUUUUUAUAUAUACCGACUCUAGACUGUUUGAAAUCUAAUGAUGCCUUUAAAAAGAGAAAAAGCAGCUGGUUUUGCAGAGAUUAUGCGGCAGGUUUAUUUGUAGUGAAGAGCUGGGAGAAUUGAUCAGUCGCCUCGUUUCCUGUCAGAUCUCAUCAAUCUGCAGAAGAACUAUAGAACUGUAGUGUAGAAUCGGAGGAUUCAUUUAGUUUGACAUGUUUUCUAGCUAAACUUACCAAUGUGUAAGCCCAUCAAUGUGCAGUGUUACCUGUCUAUCUCCAAAUGAAUGGGCUAUUCCUGCGGUUAUGUAGUCUUGCUGAAUGCUCCCUCAUUAAGACUAAUCUGUCAGGGCAUCGUUCCUCUCACUAGCUCUCUCUUUAGACCUUUAUCUAGGACUCAAGUAACUGCAGGCAGAGCUGCUUUACAAGAGCACCUGCUUCUUAUUAUUGAAGGGCUGCUGCCAGGAUCUUCCAACCAACAAAACACGCUAAACGAACCCUGUGGUUCUCACAAUGAGGGAUUUAGUAAAUAACUAUGCCGAGCUGCACAAGAGCUUGAAAAGAACAAUGAUUUAAAACCAUCGGUGGCACCUUCAUCAGAAAAGAUGCUAAUUCAUCUCCACAAGAGCAAGCCCUCAUUGUCAUGGCAGCCUCUCGUUGUGAACCAUUCCCUUCAGGGGGUGAGUAUAGUGGCGAGGGUGCAGGAGUGCUGCAGGCAGUGAUUCUGCAGUGCGUGUCUCAGCUCUACAGUGCCACCUGACAGGGUGUGAGUACAGUGGAGAGGAGCUCUCCAGACAGUGAUUCUGCAGUGCUUGUCUCAGCUCUACAGUGCCAUCUGACAGGGUGCGAGUACAGUGGAGAGGAGCUCUCCAGACAGUGACUCUGCAGUGCGUGUCUCAGCUCUACAGUGCAGUCUGACAGGGUGCGAGUACAGUGGAGAGGAGCUCUCCAGACAGUGAUUCUGCAGUGCGUGUCUCAGCUCUACAGUGCAGUCUGACAGGGUGCGAGUACAGUGGAGAGGAGCUCUCCAGACAGUGAUUCUGCAGUGCGUGUCUCAGCUCUACAGUGCAGUCUGACAGGGUGCGAGUACAGUGGAGAGGAGCUCUCCAGACAGUGAUUCUGCAGUGCGUGUCUCAGCUCUACAGUGCAGUCUGACAGGGUGUGAGUACAGUGGAGAGGAGCUCUCCAGACAGUGAUUCUGCAGUGCGUGUCUCAGCUCUACAGUGCAAUCUGACAGGGUGCGAGUACAGUGGAGAGGAGCUCUCCAGACAGUGAUUCUGCAGUGCGUGUCUCAGCUCUACAGUGCAAUCUGACAGGGUGCGAGUACAGUGGAGAGGAGCUCUCCAGACAGUGAUUCUGCAGUGCGUGUCUCAGCUCUACAGUGCCAUCUGACAGGGUGCGAGUACAGUGGAGAGGAGCUCUCCAGACAGUGAGUCUGCAGUGCGUGUCUCAGCUCUACAGUGCAAUCUGACAGGGUGCGAUAGCCUGGCAUUUCUCCCAGCCUGACGAUUCUGUUUAGCCCAGGGUACAUUUGCCUCAAUGCCCAGUCUUUUAAAGAUGUUUUAUAUACUGCAAUGUAGUGACCUUUCCAAAAAGGACAGGUCAUGAACACCCUUCAUCUACAUGAGAAAUGAUCUUUUUGGGGGGGGGGGGGGGAGCAGGUAGCAAUCUAUGCUGUAGCUUUAUACAGGUUCUUACAGCUGGAACAUGUUUGUAUUAGCUCUCCUGACAGUGCAUCUAUCUCAUGUAUACAGUAAUUCCACACAAGGAUAUUAACUGCAUUAUUUAAGAUUGCACCAUAAUAAUGAGCUAUUUUAACAAAGCUGUACAGACGAGGUAGAACAGCUCCAGUGCAACACAGUAACCUCGACACUGCGGAUUCUUUGUUGCCACAGUAGAAGCUUUUCGACAGUUUUGUGUUGCCAUGUUUGGUCUGCCUGAAUAUGUCAAUAAAAGGAGAGAAAAAGCAGGUAUUGUCCUGUAUUGUGUACUAUACAGUGCAAAUACCAAUAUGCCUGUCUUUACACCCCAUGUAGAAUACAAACUUUUCAGUUUGCUAUUGCAGGUAAAUGUUACUCUCAUACAAGCAGCUCCACAAUAUGCAGCACCAAGGCAGGCUGCUGUUAAGAGGACUAUAAAUGGCUCAGGCUGCUGUUUCAUCUGUAACUGCGUAGAGUCACGGGGUGUCCUCUGCUCUAUCAAGCAUUGGGAUGCAUUUCUUGCUGUGGGUUCAUGGUCACUCAUGAGCACUGGGUGGGUGGGACCCUGGGGUAAAC